GGGGGGGUUGGCAUAAGCGUAAAUAUAAGUGAAAGACUUUCAGCCAAUCAGCGAGCACUUUAUGCUUCUCCUAGCCAUGUCCUCAGUGGACAUAACACCGACAGAAGCAUACGCGUAAGCAUAAAGAAGAACGCUUAAUAUGCUUAGGUCGCAGCCGUCCCCACUAGCGCAUAAAGCUUCUUAUGCUAAUGCUUAUGCUGGUCUAUGCUUGUGCUUGCGUCGCAAGUGAGGACCGAUAAAGCCCGGUUAUACAUAAGCAAUAGAAUGAUGCUGAACUGAGAAAGUGGAAACAGUUCGAGGCUCGCCAAUGAUAAAGAAACUGUAGAUUAUAAUUACAGACUACAAUAUUAUCAAGAUUUCUAAAAGCUGGACUUUGGAUAAUGCAGUCAUUAUAUGCCACCAUGAUACAUGAGCAAUUAUGCUUCAAAAAUGAUAAAAAAAGGAAAACAGAGAUUAUAACGUGGCGUAUAUUACCCAAGCAGAAAAAGGAAUUUUCGCUAGCACUGCCAUGAUUCAGAGACAUCCUAGUGAAAGCUGAUCAGAUAUUAAUUUAUGAACUAUAAAAAUAUUAAAUCUGUGAACGACAAACUUUUCCUUACCGAGCAGAAUACGGGCAAUGUAGCGUCAUCCGAGUACAAUUUUGACCAUGAUUGCAAUUUUAACGAGAAUUGCGCACAGGCAGUUAGCAACGCGAACGCACGCGCCCGCGUGUCUUGCACGCGGAAUACACUUUAAAUUGAGGGGCGACAGUGCAGAGGUUGCAAGCGGCUUAACUAGUAGUUUUAAAGUUUCAAGUUUCUUUCAGUUUUCACUCGAGAGUAGCUGUCUACCAGCAGCUGUUAUGAAGUUAACUAUGGGGUAGCAUUCAAAAGACAAUACCUCAACAAGGUUAAGCUUUUUCGGAUGCUAUGCAUGCGUGAGCGCGUAUUUUUUUCGCGCACACGCACGCGCGUACUGUCGCGCGCGAAUGCUAGUUUGCGCCAUAUGCGCACGAACAACGAAUAAAUGUGAAAUAAUUUUCUUAAAGGCGCCACGAAGACGCACAAAAAUCACAAGCAGGACAAUUAUUGAUGUGGUUACCACUUGACCGCUUGACUUGUGCUGAACUCAUAUGUCCAUUUGGUCAGGCUCGUAGCUAAUCUGCGGUGAUGAUAAAUAUAUUCAUGAACCAUCGGGUCGGUGGGCUUUUGUCAUCCAUAAACACGUUCUUGUCCGCUGCGUUCUUUGUUGUAAUAUUUGCAUUUGUUUGAGGCAUCGCGGGCCCUGAUUGAUAGUUCCUGUAAACCACCAACAGAUAUGUGAAUUACAAAACUAACAACACAGUUCCAACUUCAUCUGGUUCGCGAAGCGCUGAUCAAGGAAAGUUCGAAUUUAGCAGUCGAUUUGUCUUCGAUGGGAUGAGUUCGAACGCUAAGUCUGUACGGGACCGGACGCCGAAAUGUUCGAUUGUCCUGAGCAAUGUACUAGCGGUUGUCUUUCGACCGACGUCAACCGCAGUGCAACAUCACUGCGAACAUGCAAAACAGGGAGACGAUGUGGAAAAUAACCGUUCAAAACCUGUGCACCAAAUAAGUGGAUUGGAGUUAUUCGAUCAGUUUAAGGAAGCAAACCGUUCGACGAUGCUAACGAGGUUGUCUGAAAGCUUAGACGACAUUCGCCUCAAAGGGUGGAUUUUUCCGUUCACUUUGCUGAUCAAGGGACCGCAUGAAGACGUCGAGGUCAUCAAAGAAGCUUGGAGACGCCAUUUUCUGCGCAGCCCCGAUAACUUUAAUAUCCGUGAUAUAGGUGCAGUUAGCUCGAUUGGCAUGGAGGUCAUUCAACAAGCACCGUUCCUGCCUUUGACCAUGUCGUUAAUGGAGACCAUAGCCUCCCUUAAUGGCAGCCAGUUAACAGCCACACAGCAAUCCAUCGCUGAACAUCUCGCCAAGACAUACCAAUAUGUGCACGUCCCCAAACUAAACGUGAUUCACGACUGCCUGGGAAUUCUGAUCAAAGAACGGAAAAUUUAUCACACGGGCAACGGGUAUUUCGUUUCCAAUCACAGUCCAUUUGAUAAACCCGCGGACGCGCCGAAAGAAAAUGGCGACGGCCAUGGAGCGAAGGAAUCUCGUUGCGUUGCGUGCGAGGUCAUUUCCAAAGGAAAGUCUGCCAAAGCUGAAAAAGCUAAGAAAAAGAAAAAAGAAAAAGAAAAAGAGAGUGCAAAGGACAAGGAAAAUGGGAAAGUUAAAAAUUCAACAAAGGAAGAGGAAACGCCCGACAGCAAAACACCAGUUGAUCAUGUAGAAUCAAAGUGUGGAGAACGAGGAACCCAGGACAAACCUCCGACGCCCCAAAUGCUGGAAGAAACAGCGAGCGAAACUAGCAGCGAAGGAGCAACUAAGAAAGCUAAGAAACAGAAGAAAGGCGUGCUUGAUCAGAUAACGUGCUUCAUCAAGGGAAAAACGCUUUCUGUAGCAGAAGUGUCUGAAGACACUAAGAAGGAGACCAAACCCGAGACCAUACAGGAGCAAACGAUACCCUCACCCUCCCCUCCCCCUCAAGUAACUAAUACACGGUGUCCCGCACCGCUCGCGGGUCAAGAGGACACGUCACUGUCUCUGUCGAGAAAAGAACGGAGUAUUCGUCUUCAAUUCAGAAACAAAAGAGCUUUAUCGGCUCCGGCGGAUAAUCCUUCUUUGUUCACCCCUGUUCUUAAUAAGGAGCUGGAAGAGCCCGCUAAAAGAGAAGCUAAGAAAACAGUUCCGAAACCUCGGGAGCUUGCCAGAAGUAAGUCUUUCGCAGCGGCGGAAAAACGCCCCGCGCCCGUUCAGCGGAGCAAUUCAUUCUCCGCUGCAAGUACCAGAGUCGCGCGGCAGAUUUCGACCGAUAGUGCUCCAGGAACCUGGGACAGGCGACUGAGAAUGAACUACGGCGAUAUCAUUCGCAAUACACCAGCCAGACAAACGAUCCACAUAUCUAGACCGAGUUCGUGUAAUAUCGGAGUUGUCAGACCUCUGGAUACGACACAACAACGACCGCUUUCACGGAGCAACUCCUUGAAGAAGGAAACGCCCCGGAAGAAAGGGGGGUCCCUGUCACCCCCGGGUACCCCCCGGAGUUUUAUCACCCCAAACAGUACUCCGCGCCUGAGAGAAAAUUCAAAUCGUCAAGUAGUUGUCCGAAGUAAAUCUUUCACGGAGCCAGGGGUUGUGAGGUUGGCAAAUCGACAAUUCUCUUUUCGCCCAACCAUGGGACCACAUUACGAGUCUCCUUUACAACAGCUGUUGGAGAGAAAAACUCCCGGCUAUACAGCUCCUCCGAGUACAGCGAUGCGCGUCACAGUUGCUCCUAAGGGAAGGUACUAUACACCAGUCAAACGCUCGCCUGCGUCUCCUAAAAGGACUCCUCUCAGCAGUCCCUUGCGAAAGCAGCCAAAACAGCCCGCGGGCCAACCCGCGGGACUAUUACCAAAGAAGAAACCCUAUACCAGAAAUGACUGCUCGUCACCUGUUUGUUACGACACAAGCAUGAUCAAUGACAAAGUAACUAACUGCGUGUGCAACGGAGACGUAAACCAUGCAGAAGGAACGGCUAAAUUUCAACCUGUCCUUCAUCCAAACCACAAUUACUACCAGCAUGUCGGUUCGCCUUCGGACGGCGUUAGCAGCGAACAUAUUUGUAUCGAGGAAAUGACUUCCACAUCGGCGUCGGAAGUGACGCUGACCGAAGACGUCGACAGAUAUGCGGAGACUCGAACUGAUAACGAGGGCAAGCCGCUGGGUCUCUACAAAACGUUCAAUGACGAGGGUGUCAAUGACAGCUUGACAUUUAUUGGUAUUAUUUGAUCAAUAUUAUAUAAUGCUUAUACUUCAUAAACAGAAGAUAGAAAUUUCGCCACAUUGGCUGCCUAUUAAGGAACGUACCAUUAUUUUCUUGAGAGGGAGUGGGUGGGUGAGCUGCCACUUUCCAAAAAAUAAACUCCUGCACAGCAAAAACUGCUAAAAAAUAGUCGUGCAAGGGGAGAAAGAAAAUAGGCGAACAAAUGCUUUCUACCAUCCAGGUCCUCUUAAAAGAUUUCCGAGUAGUGCACAAGCUAUUACCCACCAAAAAAAUCAUGCACAACCAAAAGGCAAGAAAAAAAAAUUUUCAAGCCCCAAAAAAUUUCGCCCCCCCCUCACCCCUUCCUCCCCCCGCCCUCAAAAAAUAAUGGUACGUCUCUAACAUGACUUGUUGUUUAUAUAACGUUAUUCUGAGGCAAUACCUUUAUUUUGACUGUGUUUUAGUCGGUAGAUGAGAAUCGGGAAGUAUUCUUACGUCAACGAAGUGCGCGCGAUGGUCAGUGCUCACAUUGUUGACGGUCAAGGGAAGGAGAGAGCAUUUUUAGUGCUUCUCCGAGUAUUUCUUUUUGAAUUCAACAGUUCAGCUAAGAGCAUUUUUAAAUGAUAAGCCGGGAAAUUCUAUUAUUAAUUGUUUUUUUAACAGCUCCUGCAUUUUAAGGACGAAACAAUGUUUGUUGGAGUCCCGCUUUGAAACGCGAACAUUCCAAUUUUUAAGAAGACAAGAACAAAAUCUUCAACAUAUCUAAAAUUUACGAUACUGUACUGAUGAUCCAGUAAUGUCACAAUAAGAGACAAACAUUUUUACUUAUUUUAUGGCUUGUGAAAUGUUUCACGACCAAAAGGAACUAUGUACUUUGAUGUAAGCCGUUUUUAAAAUCUUUACAGCAUUCUAAGACGUGUGUUUUAUAUCCUUUCGUUUCCUGCACUCUAUAGCUUUUUUUUUCUGUUGAGAAUUUGGUUUUCAGUCAAUUCAGUGUAAUGGACUCCACGUCCAGACCAGUUUUCGGAGAGGAUGAAAUCGUGGACUGCAGUCAGUAUAUAUUAUUAAAAAAGAAGAGUUAUUAUUAAUAGAAAUAUUUUUAGAUAUUAGCUCAGAAGACAGGCGUUGUUUAUUUUUGGAAUUAUUUCAAUUGUAGUUCAUAGAUAUAGCGGAGGUAUCCUGAUUCUCAACCUCAGAAAGGAAGAGAGGACCCUAGCCAACGUUGACGCAGAUUAAAUGUUAAACGAUAAGUUUUGUAUUUUAUCGAAUAUCACCUUUGGACCGAAAUCUGGACCGAAGGAAAUCGGGAGAAUGUUCGGUUCCGUGUCAGUUGAACAGGUAGAUUCCAUGGUUCCUGGGCGUCUGUUCAGUAAUUGAUCACAGAUGACGUCAAAAUGUAGUAACAAAAACACACGAGGCGAUAGCCGAGUGUUUCACUGAUGUUCGUACCGCAUUUUGACGUCUUCUGUGAUCUAUUACGGAACGGACGCACGGCAACAUGGAAUCUAUUUGUUUUACAUUAUUAAGAAACCGAAAAAAAAAUGUUAAUGACGUCAUCUGUAUGUCUGUCCUCCGGUAGAUUGUAAGUAAACCUAUCAAAAUGCGAGACAAAUUUGACUUAUUAUGUAA